AUGGCAGAAUUCUUCAAGGAGAACUGGGAUUUGGUAGGGCAUUUGGUUACAACAACCGUAGGGGACUUCUUUGCCUCUGGGAGACUCUUGAAGGAGGUCAACAAUACCAUUUUGGUUUUGGUGCCCAAGGUUCCGAAUGCAUCUUCCGUUGAUGAUUACAGGCUUAUUGCUUGUUGCAAUACUAUUUACAAGCUUAUUACUAAGGUGAUGGCGAAUAGGAUUGUUGCAGUGUUGAAGGAUCUUAUUAGCCCGUCUCAAAGUGCGUUUGUUAAAGGACGUCGUAUUAGGGAUAAUAUCCUUUUGGCCCAAGAGCUCUUUUCCAGCUUCCAUCUUCAGCCGUAUACUCCUAAGUGUGCUAUUAAAGUGGACUUCAGGAAGGCUUAUGAUACAGUUGAUUGGCGGUUCCUUGAGCGUGUUCUUCUCGCAUUUUGCUUCCUUGAUCGAUUGGUGCAGCUCAUCAUGACGUGUGUUCGCACUCCUGGUUCUCGAUUGCUUUGA